AUGAGGAGGACAGGGAGAAAGAACGCAAAGUCAGAGGAGGAGGAGGAGGAGGAGGAGGAGGAGGAGGAGGAAAAGGAGGAGGAGGAGAUGUGCCACUCUUGACUGACUAUUCCGGUUCUCGUCCGACAUGCUAGAAGUCCCUUGCUCAGGGGAUGAAAAUCCUGCUCAGCUUGGGUUCCAACCUCGGUGAUGUCAGCACUUGAAGUUGGGGCAUCAAUGGCUAACGAGGGCCCUUCUUUUUGUUGGUAACACUGUCCGAUGAUUGCUUCUCCAAACGGCAUCACCACGCCCGGACCAUGUCCCCAGAAAUGCAACCAAUGGACUAGUCGAACAAAGCAAUGCAGGAUGACUCCACGCGUUACGUCCGUCCCGUAGAAAUCUCACACACUUGCGACAAUCUGCGUGAACAGAAAGUUUGCUUGACCUCCCGUCCCCUUCUCCGUGGUGUCAGACGUUUGUGCCACUCAAGAUUUCGUACUGGAGAUGAACUCUCUUCCAUGCAGCGGUCAAUUAGGUGCUGACUGAUCCGAAGGCCUCUUUUCCCUCGACAUUUUACUAGCCGCCUCGGUAGCUACCGCCCUCCAUUCACCUGGUUGAUCCUCUUCAACUCUAAGCUGUCGCGUUCCGUUGCUGUUCGAAUGCCUACCGAGACACCAGAAACAUUAUUGCAGAGGUGAAUUGGAAGCGAUCUUCCACCAAUGAGUAGUAUCGAGUAUAUUUGAGCAUCUUUCGAGGACAUCAGUUCGUCAGAAGAGUUGAGACAGUUUUCAUUAACGCUCCCGAAUCCGACGUUCCACUGACAAAAAAUGUCAACAGUUCUAAUCACCUGGGGCGCGCUGUACUCACGCAAUCGUAGAUUAGGUCGUUCCGUAAGGUACAUUGUUGGACUUCCAUGAGAAGGCUUCACGCAGCCUUCUUCUCUACUCUAAGCCGUCGCGUUUCGUUGGUGUUCGAAUGCCUACCGAGGUACCAGAAACAUUAGCGCAGAAGUGGCGCGGCCUUCUCUCGCUGAGUAGUAUCCAGUAUAUUUGGUCAUCUUUCCAGGACACUGACUCAUCAGAAGAGUGGAGACAGUUCCCAUUAACAUUCCCAAACCUGACCAGCCAUUGGCCCAAAAAGUGUCGAUGGUUCUAAUUUCCCCCACAAAUGAAGAAAUGGAUUGAUCAACUGGGCUACGCUAUAUACACGCAACCGUAGAUUAGGUCGUUCCGUGUAGUAUAUUGGCCUUCCGUGGAAAGGCUUCACGCAUCAGCAAAAUGACAUCUUUCGGGUGAAUUCUUUUUUCGCAAGGCAGAUCACUUUAUUUUCCAUAACUGAUGAAGUCUGUCUUGGUCAAUUAUUUUAUAAAUAAUUACGCCUCCUUGAAAGCGUGUGUUUUAAUGUACAGUUCCUAAAUUAUUAAUUUAGAGUCCGUUUGAAAGAUGGGUUGGUAUGCACAGUAGGUGGGCUAACUCAUGAAAUGUCAACCGAAAUUUCGAAAUGUGUUUUGUUUCGAAAAGAUUAAUUAAGCAGGGUUGCAAAACAAAUCAUCGUGCAGCAUAAUUCUAUAAUAAUUCAGUUACCUCAGGACGCCGGCUUUUAAACAAAUUUCAUUUUGUCUGCAUGCAAAAACCAUACCCCUAAAAAAUGACUAAUUAAGUAGCAUGCAUUUUUUCAUUGAUUUUCAAUGCCCUUAAAGAUUCAAUUAUAUUUCAUGGAAAGCAUGCAUAAAAAUAUUCAUUCAUUUGCUCAUUCAGUAGAAAAUUACGUCCUCAUUCAAUUCUACACUCGAUGGAAGGGUACAAUUCGGUCUUAAAAUGUUUCUAGUUGUGAGAGUUUUUAAUACCGUAAAAUGACCCUUCAUUAGAAGUCAUGUCUCUGCAUUUACCAACGUGGCUUAUAAAGUUAACAAUGACGCUCAAGUCCACUUUUUAAUUUUAUAAACCCCAUAUGGUCUUCUCCCAAUACUGUAGAGAAAUGUACGGAUUUCCGUACGCGGAAAUUAUAUGACGUGUAGUUGGGAAACCCUGAAUGCGAGUGUAACGGCAAGUCAGAUUCAAAAUUCUUUGGGAAUUGGGAAAGUUUUAUAAAUCCAAAUUAUACCCUUCUUUCGUGCGUAAAAGUAAAAGAAGACGUAAUUUUCUACUGGAUGAGCAAAUGAAUUAAUAUUUUCUUGCAUGUUUUCCAUGAAAUAUAAUCGAAUCUUAAAGGGCAUCGAAAAUCAGUUAAAAAAUGCAUGCUACUUAAGUAGUCAUUUUUCACGGAGUAUGGUUCUUGUAUGCAGUCAAACAGAAUUUUGUUAGAAAGCCGACGUCCUAGGGUAACUGAGUUAUUAUAUAAUUAUACUGCAGACUGAUUAACUUUACAACCCUACUUAAUUAAUCUUUUCGGAACGGAAGCGCACUUCGGAAUUUCUGUUGACAUUUCAUGAGUUAGCCCACUUACUGUUGGCCUACGCUACCACUCCUUCUCGACCAGCCUUUGCCGAACAUUUAACCGCUUUCUUGACCCAUUGAAUUCCCCCAUGGAUUAUCAUUACGCAGGUUCAGGCCUGAACGGAUCCAACAACUAGAACUCAUCGGUUGUUCUUUAAACAUCAGCGACGUCCACUGAUUAAGUUGACCAGUUUGCUCAGUAUGUGUCAAUAUUCAGUCUAAAAAAUCGCCCUUCCGGUAAACAGUUGCUGCUGUCGUUUCUGUGUGAAUGCACAUUCACCGCCCAGGGCAUUUCCUGGUCUAGCGUUCAGUGAAUUAGUUUAAGCGGCUACGAUUGGCUCGCUUAUUCUAGCUGGCUUAAUAUUCGUCCUCCUCAACGGCCUGCGUCAGACCAGAACAAGGGCCGAGGUGGCUCACACUACGAGUUUACCGGGCCGCGCUGAGUCCAUAGGAGAGGCCGGCUGUGGCUAUAGACUUUCACGCCCCACCAACCACUGUGCCAAAUCCCAUCACUCGUUAGUUGCAAGGCUCGGACAGUCGACUAGCCGGAAGUACGGAACCCAUCCGUACGACAAAUCAGCACCUACCUCGCUGCAGUAAAUCUUACGUGAUUGAAACUAUCACGACACGCCAGUAGCCGCGGCUUGACGGGUUGUCAACUGACGAGAGAACACAGUCCUUCUCAGGACUUGGCCUCCAUAACACAUAUGUGAGAUCUGAGUCCGCUCCCCCCCCCUAGAGACGCCUGAUGCACGCUGUAAGACCAAGCGGUUACAAGUGUGGACAAGCUACUUAAAUUUUUCGGCCACUGCGCCCGAACCCACCACCGGUCUUGACAUUGUCCCCUGAUCGGCGCAAAGUGAGCGAGGGAGCUGAGAAUACAGUGGCAACUGAUAGACCGACUGUCGGUUUCAACGAUGUCCACCAUGUGUCCCACAGCAGAGCGCGAAUAGGGACGGUGACUUACACAUGAACUAGAAGAAGACGGGGAAGGCGAUCGCUGGGACCAAUUGUUUAUUUAUCCGACGUUUCGAAAUCUCACGCGAGCCCAUCGUCAAGGAAUGAAAAGCUGUACAACUCAUCGUAUAUUUAGUUCACCUCUGCGGGGGGUAAGCUCUAGCUGCGCUGCUGAUUUGCUCACGCAGUGCUUGAUAGGUGAUUGGCUGGUCGAUUUGUCGAUUAAUCGAGUACUCGGUUGACUGCCAUGCUUCCUGGAGCAGGCGAGCAGCUGUGUCGUCCGACUGGUCUAAUAUUCUCACGCAGUGAGAUUCGAAGCCGUGCCCUGGCGAGGAGGCGUGGGCGACUACCAAGGAGAGUUUAUUCUUCCGUCUCACAGUCAACUCGUGUUCGUGCAAUCUCGUACGUACCUGUUUGCCGGUUUCACCAACAUAAUUGGCCUGACCACAACUGCAGUCUAUCCGGUAAAUUAGCCCCGAUUUCUGAUUGAUGGGAAUCGGGUCCUUAGGGUGCUUGAGUUGCCGGUGAAUUGUUUUUCGGCCCUGUGGACGACACCAAUCCCAAAGUCCGUCAUCAGUCUAGCGAAUUCUUCUGACACACCGGCGAUGUACGACACUGCGCGCCAACAUUUCGGUUUUGGUUGCCCCUUCGGUUUUCUUCCCCGGGUUUCUCGCCUGCACUUUUCGACGAAAUUCCCAGGGUAGCCGUUCGCUGUAAAGAGUUUCCGCAGGAACUGGACCUCAGCCUUCUUGUCGACUGGCUCAGUGCAAUGAGUUUCUAUACGCCGGUAGUGUUCUCACGCGCUUGCAUUUGUGCGAGAGGAAGUGGUUGCUAAGAAAACUCAGAAUACGGGAGGUAUUCGUUGCCUUCCGGUAAACCGUUGUUUUUAGUUCACCAUCACCUUUUCUCUGGACUAGUACGUCAAGAAACGGCAAUUGGCAGUCUUUUUCUUCCUCCAUCGUGAACUGGAUGUCUGGGAAGAUCGAGUUGAGGUGUUGCGGGAAUUCCCCACUCUUGUGCCGAUUGAUAAUGACAUCGACAUACCGUACCCGCAGGCGUGGCCGAUAGUGGUCGAAAGCCAGUGCCUCCAGUUGCUGUAACACUGCCUCAGCAAUCAAACUGGAUAACGGUGACCCCAUGGGUGCACCUUUAACUUGUUCGUACACAGCUCCGUUGAAGGUGAAGAAAGUCUCCAAGCCGUGUUUCAGGAGAAUUAGUUUAUUAAUGAUAGCAGACGUGCACUGCACCUAACGCACUCCCCUCCUCCCCCUCUCCCUGCAUUCUUUCUCAAGACAGAGCCAUGAAGACUGGAGGCGGGAGAGGACGCGGAUGACUGGCGCGGCCGGAACCGACCCUAGGCGUGCUGCCACAUCCGUAACUGCCUUAACAUGAACUAUGCAAUUCCAGCGCAGGUCACAGGUGUUGCGCCCAUUGUCGGACAGGUGGUUUACGUUGUCGCUUACGACGGCCGAACUGUCGACGAAAAAGGUCCCCAGAACAAACCGCGCUGUUACGCUAGACGCAGGCCUUGGGCCUUGCCAGGCAUCGUGCCUGAUCUCAUCUCCGGGCAGGUUAGCCCUGCUCACUAACCUGGGGCGGAUUAAAUUACCAAGACAAGGGGCUGCACGCCUUGACUCAGAUAUUCGACAACUGACACGGCAAGUAGACCCAAGUCGGUGCAGGCUUUAAUGGCUCUUUCUCCAAGUGACCACUAUGCUGUUCUCACCCCCAUGAGGUUCGAGAUUAUGAGUCUGGUUCAGGUUUGUGUUGGGGACGACAUAUCCGUUGGUCCAAAACGGCAGUCGCACUGGUACUUGGUGCGUGUCUCCUGUGCUGCACUGGGCUUACGCAAAGUCCGAAUUGCCGUCAUGCGGGGUGUUGGACGCCUUAGGCGGUGGCGGAUGCCACGUCAAAUACUGCGUCCAAUAUCAUCUCUAUGGCAAAGUAGCACACUGUUCGCUAUGGUAAACCUGACGCUCCUGACACGCCGAAAGUCAUGACUGGAAGUGCAGCUGGCUGACGCGUUAACACGAUCGUCUGGUGGAAAGUGGGCCAACCUACAAUGGUUCCUUCAUGUGGUCCGGAUGGCACUUCGCGCUCUCCUGAGAUCAGAGUCCUCCUCGCUGGGUGACGCCCAGUACGUUCAGUGUCGGAGCUCAGCCCGUGUGUGGUACGUGCAGACGGGUCGCUUAACUCUCGAAGCAACCGCGUCCACACACAGUUGGGGCGUCUUGACUGUCUUGCCACCGCAAAGCGACGGAUACGGAACUGGGGUGGGGUAGGCGCGGCGCAAGUUCAGUUCACUGCCCAAAAAUGCGUACCAUAUCCACGGCUACGUCCACCUUGGGGGACAAGGGCGGCAGUCGUAUAAGUAGGGGGGACGCACCACGUCGGCCAUUCCGUCCACGAGAAAAAAAUAUAGGGCGGAGUUGAUACGACGAAGCACUGGCAGCUGGCUGUGUGCAUGGACUCAAUGGCAACAGUCCUGCAUGUUGAAACACGCGUCACUCCAAGCGGCCGCGAUUAACAACCCGCCCGGCGGAGAGGCAGGUGCCCAGAGGACGCAGGUGCGUGUGUGUGCUUGCAUGAGCUCAGCUCAUGGCCACGGAAGUUCGGGAACGCACACGUCACUGCUACUACCCCCAGGACAGUGCCGGCUUCUGUCAGUAGCUAUGAACUGACUAAAAAUGAGGAAAAACCAAUGAGACUGCCUCCAGUCAGUGCAGGUGGCGAUGCAAUAAAUAUACUAUGACCAAGGACGACUAAUGCCUUCCCGUCCUGGUACUUAGCACAGACUCUAGCCUUUAGAUCGUUCCGUACUUCAAGAGGACCAUUAGGCAGCUACUGAAGCCUGGAAUCUUCGCUCCUCCUCGACAGCGGGCACGGUAGGCUAACUCGAUCAAAAACCGGGAAUUUAUGGGCAUGUCAAUUUGCGAAAAAUGUCAUCAAAACAGAUUAAAAGGGAUCCAGAGAUGCCAAGUCCCGGCUUAUAAGCGAUCAGCCAUCUGCGAUCUGUCGCUCGAACGACGGACCCACAUUGCUGCCAGCUGCGUACAACCUGAUGCUUUUACAAAUCCUGCUUUCUGACAGCCUUACUGCAAAUGUCUUUCUGAUCAACAACCCAACCGUGCCAGCUCGGCGCCUGGCAAGCGAGACCCCUUUCAGGACUAUCUGCUAGAGCCAGCAACACGAGAUCACCCGCGUUCUGUCCUGCGAUCAGGAUGGACCCGUGAACGCCAUGCUCAUGUGGGCACAGUCGUCAGGGGCCCCGAUCACCAUGCCAGGUCUUCUUAUUUUGUGGCCUAUUUUACACAGUAGUUGGGCCAACUCAUGAAAUGUCAACCGAAAUUCCGAAAUGCGUUUUCGUUUCGAAAAGAUUACUUAAUUAGGGUUGUACAAAUAGCCAUCUUGAAACACAAUUCUAUAAUAAUUCAGUUGCCUCGGGAUGCCGGCUUUCGAAUGAACUUCCUUACAGCUGUAUGCAAAAACUACAGCGGUCACGAACGCCUUCCCCGCGGCGAAGUUAUACGUAUGUUUCACAAACUCUACCCUUCUACACUUUGGAGAUAAAGACCGUUUCAGGCCACAUCGAUGUGUAUUUGCUCAUUCUCUUGCUCCUACUGAGCGGGCUACAUUGUCCGUACAACGGGACGAUUGGAAAAGAGGCUACGUUAACACUUACCGGCCUGGCAAGGUAAGAGUGAAAACACCUCUUUGGCAUGAAUCAGCGCGCCAAUGCCAAAGAAGCCUGGCGGUUCUUCUUCUUCCUCACCGAGCAAACUCGGCGUCAGGCUAUCUCUGUACGGCCUUCUUAAGUCCGGUGUGGUCGUUUGGUUCUGAGCCCUACGAGUGUGGUGAAGUAGGAUCUUGUAAGCUACAGGAAGGUCCAGACGCCUGUUGAUGGAGUGGGCAUCGGGGAACCACGUCUCGACAGCUAGUCGUUCUGCUUUUGUGUUACCUCGGACUAAGAUGGUAGCCCUCUGGAGGUCAAAAGUAGGCGUUCUGUCCUGCGAUCAGGAUGGACCCGUGAACGCCAUGCUCAUGUGGGCACGGUCGCGAGCCGAAAUUCCAAACUGCGUCUUCGUUUCGAAAAGAUGAAUUAAGUAAGGUUGUACAAAUGGUCAGCCUGCAACAUAAUUCUAUAUUUCAGUUAUCUCGGGAUACCGGCUGCUUCCGAAUGAACUCCCUUCCGGCUGCAUGCAAAAACUACACUCUGUAAAAAAUGACUACUUAACUAGCAUGAAUGUUUCUCAUUGAUUUUCGAUGCCCCAAAAUGUCCAAUAAUGUUUCAUGCAAAGCAUGCAUAAAAAUAUUCGUUUGCUCAUUUGGUAGACAAUUACGUCUUUUUCAUAUUGACCCAACUGUGAAAAACUCGGCACCUCGGUGGGAUUCGAACCCACGCAGUAAGGAGAAGGCUUUAGUACAGCCAACGCUCUAACCACCUGAGCUACGAGGCCCCGCCGGACGACGCGAGUUUAAUCACAUUUGGGUCAAGUUACCCGCCCAACCUACUGCAACGUCUGGAAUCCACCAAAUCUGAUACUGCGUGGGUUCGAAUCCCACCGAGGCGCCGAGUUUUUCACAGUUGGGUCAAUAUGAAUAAUUCAAAAAUCUGCCAAAACAUCAAUGAAUUACGUCUUUUUCCAAUCUUAUACUCGAAGGAGGGACACAAUUCGGUUUUAUAAGUUUUUAAUUGUGGAACUUUUAAAUACCGUGAAAUGACCGUUCAUAAAUCGUCAUAUCCCUGCAUUUACCAAUGUGGCUUGUAAAAUUAACAAUACAGAUCAAAUCCACUGCUUAAUUUUAUGGACCCUAUGUGGUUCCCCUUAAUUACCGUAGAGAAAUGAGUAGUUUUCGUACGUGGAAAUAAUACGGUUUCUAGUUUGCAACCCCUGAAUCCAAGUGUGACGGUAGAGUGGGUUUAAAAUUAUUCGGGAAUCGGGAAACUUUUUUAAAACCGAAUUAUGUCCCUCCUUCGAGUAUAAAAUUAGAAUAAGACGUAAUUAUCUACCGGAGGGGCUAAAGAAUGAAUAUCCUUAUGCAUGUUUUCCAUGAAAUAUAAUUGGACAUUUAGGGGCAUCGAAAAUCAAUGAGAAAAAUUCAUGCUUGUUAAGUAGUCAUUCUUUACACAGUGUAGUUUUUGCAUGCAGCCGGAAAGAAUUUCAUUCGACAGCUGGAAUCCUGAGGUAACGGAAAUAUUAUAGAAUCAUGUUGGAGGCCGACUAGUCUUACAACCUUAAUUAAUCUUUUCGUAAGGAAAACGCAUUUCGGAAUUUCGGUUGACAUUUCAUGAGUUAGCCCACCUACUGUACCUUCAAGAAAACCCAGCUCCCCUAAUCUGCCCCGGUCUCCGACUUAUACGGCCUUUUUUAACAAUGUUUGACGUUAACGUUUCUACUAGCGAUGCCUGUAUCCAUCUUCUUGGUCCAUAGCGCCCCCAUGUCUUUCUCCUGUCGUAGUAAAAGAGGGUAUAAUUAAUAACAAUAAUAAUAAUAAUAAUAUGUGAAUAGACAUUGUAAGGUGAAUAAAAGUUACGAUAAAAACUUUACAUUUCAUUAUCGUUGAGUGGAACAGUUAUGGUUAGGGAAAUUCAGUUUUCACAAAGGCGUGAAGGGUAUUUUCAAUAGACGUCACCACAAAUUAGCACAAAUACGACUUCAGUUGGCCAGGCACCAGUUUUACUGCGUGGAGGGAAACACGACGGCCAAAUUUCAAAAUCCCGAGAUAUGCUCCACAGGCGAAGUCACUUGACAGCAAUCCGACACCGCAGUGAUCGAAUUCCUCAGGAGGUUGUGCACUGUCCUCGUCAUGAUUAAAUGUCGACGAAGUUGUUCCGGCCCGGCGCGAUUGUCUGUCCAAUCGCGCGCUGAAUUCGCAAUGGGUCCAACCGUUCCCGGCCCGAUUUUGUUGUUACGAGGGGCCGAAUGACAAAAAGGCGACAUGUGCAUUUUUAGGCUGUUGUUCAUUCUCUUCUUUAGGUCAUAGGAUAGGACACAGGCAUCAAUGGUCUCGUGGUGGUCUUGCGUUAAAUUCUCGAGGGGUAUCUACACUAGGUGGACUAACUCAUGGAAUGUCGGCCGAAAUUUAGAAAUUCAUUCCCGUUUCAAAAAGAUUAAUUAAGGAGGGUUGUAAAACUAAUCAGACUGAAGUAUAAUAAUGCAGUUACUUCAGGAUACCGGAUUUCGAAUGAACUUCCUUCCGGCUGCAUGCAAAACUAUACUCUGUAAAAAAAAGGAGUACUUAAUUAGGGUGCACUUUUCUCAUUGAUUUUCGAUGCUCCUAAAUGUCCAUUUUUAUACUCGAAGGAAAGGUAUAAAUCGGUUUUUAAAAAAGUUUUUAAGUAUGCGAUUUUUUAAUACCGUGAAAUGGCCAUUCAUAAAACGUCAUGUCUCUGCAUUUACUAAUGUAGUUUGUACGGUUAACAAUAUGGCUUAUACCCACUGCUAAAUCUUAUGAACCUCACAUAGUCUUCUCUUAAUGCCGUAGAGAAAUGUAUGGUUUUCCGUACGCGGAAAAUAUACGGUUUGUAGUUUAGAAACCCUGAAUCCGAGUGUAACGGCAGGUCGGGUUCAAAAUUAUUCGGGAAUUUGAAGCUUUUGAAAACCUAAUUAUACCCUUCCUUCGAGUAUAAAAUUGGAAGAAAAUGUGAUUUUCUGCUAAAUGAGUAUUUUUAUGCCUGUUUUCCAUGAAAUAUAAUUAAAUAUUUAAGGUCGCCGAAAAUCAAUGAGAAAAUUGCAUGCUAAUUAAGUAGUCAUUUUUUGCAGUGUAGUUCUUGAAUGCAGUCGAAAAGAAGUUUAUUCGAAAGCCGGCACCCUGAGGUAACUAGAUCGUUAUAGAACUAUGCUGCAGAAUGAUUCGUUUUACAACUCUACUUAAUUAAUCUUUUCGAAACAGGAACGAAUUUUGAAAUUUCAGCUAACAUUUCAUGAGUUAGCCCACCUACUGUAUUCCCAUCUUACAACUGAAUUCACCAGGAAUCUGGGGCAAGUCCUUCCCCCUAAUACGGGAGGGAAUCCGUGCUCUCAUGCAGAACGGGGCAUAGUGUUUGGGUGAACUGAUUGUCGAUAACAUUUUUUUAUUUCCACAGGAUAAAAACAGCAACUCCUCUAACUGUUUAGACGAAGUCAAGAAUGAGCAGGACGACCACGACGACGAAACAUGGUCCUCUAUAAGGGAGGCGCAACGAAGGCAGACAUGGAGAUGGUUCAUUGUUGUUCCUCAGUCUGCCCUUGUUUUCAGGCCUGAAAUAUGAUUUCGAGACUUUCCAGCGGCCGAGAAGUGAGUCGUUCUGGACUGUGCGCAGUGAGGUAGGGCAGCAGCCAAUACGCGACUGAGUAGGAGUCGACAGUCGGGUCUACAAACGCAGUCGAAGGCAGUCCGUGUUGUCCAAAUUACUCCGGAAAGAUCUUGCCUUUAGGAAAUAGACCUUGAGGAUAGGCAGUUCUCGGACCGAGAAAUGCCAGAAAACGUCAUCUAUCGGAUUAGUUAUAUUUGACAAAAGAUGUCGGGUGAACUGCUAUCGGCGUUAAUCCAUAGACUUACCCCCGGAUGCGAAGAAGAUUGCUUGCAACGGACUCUCAUUCUGCUUCCUCCCCCUUCGGGACAGUGGUUGACUGAAUGCUAACUUGAUCGGGGAGGGGGGAGAUAGCGAAAGACGAAGAAAUGUGUGCUGGGUAGGUGGGCCAGACGAUACAGAAGAGUUACUGCCAGGGAGAAGGGAGAGUGUGAUGGUCAUUUCUGGUCCAAUCUCCAUCCUCAAUCAACCAUACUCCAAGCCAGGGCUGGCGAUAAUCGGGGGACAUCCGUUUCGACGAUGUACACCGUGUGCUCCACAGUGAGGCGAGAGCAGGGACAGUGACUAUCGCGUGAUUUCGUUUAUAGCAAAAACUGACUUGCACAGCAUCUACCUCACUCCCCUCCCCUCCCCACCAAGACCCCGUGUCAGGACAGAGUCAAGAAGACCGGAGGCGGGGGAGGCCACAGGUGGCCGACACGGCGAAAACCCGCAGCUAAGUGUACCACCACAUCCCUGGCCGACAACGUACACUGACCAGGAUUUUAUACCACAACAAGUGGGAGGCAACAGGGGUUCAAUUGGCACAGAGUGAGUACGCGACUGGGCGUGCCAACACAGCCCAAAUGUUGGCAUUUGUUAUGGGUACGCAUUCCCCAUAACGCCUGCUGGACUCUGGUGUAGCUUCAUUUAUCGAAAUUCCUGUCCGGUGAGCGACGGGUCAGCUUGUGGUCGACUACGCGGGAGAAUAUUCGAAUAUAUACAUGGGAAAUUUGCUAGUACCUUGGAGCUCGGUGAUGCGACACUGUCACGUUAAAUUGCUGACCCCGUUUCAGCUCCGUUUCCAGUAACGUUUCAGGCCCGCGUAUUAGACUGUCUUUCUCUUACGGCCUCACAGACGGUGCCCACGAUCCCAUUUUCUUUAGUUCCUCAGCGCUGCCGAGAAGUGCUCGAAAUUUUGAAAUCGACAAAACCUAAUCUACAGAGGAAGCACUGCCAGUAAACAUCUUAUCAAACGCCAGAAGUUGAACCGUAGCCCCCUGACCCUUGAUACGACCAGUAUGGACCUCAGAUAGUGGCCGGGUUGUUGAAACUACAAUCUGGCCCCCUCUGAGGAAAGGAUGAGCGCAUUGCAGACCAAAACGUGAGAAUUCCGCUCGUGUCUAACUGUCUCAGCCUCGGUGUCAACGUUGACCGCCUCUCUGAGGUGCAUUUAACCGGGUGGUGUCCCGACCAGCCCUAAACUGCCAUUCGCCGAUAUAUGCUUUCCACACCUACUACAACAGGCACUUGACUAAGAUUUCUAACAAUUAAAAAGGGGCGGCAUGAAUCUCCAUUGGCGUGGUGUGAACCUGCAACUGGGCGGGCCUCCCACACCCCAAAUGUCGGUAUUUGUAAUGGGUACGCAUUCUUUGCGGUCACGGUAUCACAAUUGAUCUGGGCGACCAGUUCAAACCCUGAGAAUCGGCGCCGCCGUGAAUAGUACCUUUGCGUUUUUUUUCAGAUCGCAGUUGUCGCGAUCUACGCCCGAGGACUCAAUGCCGAUGACACACAGAAAGAGGCUUUCUAUGAAGAAAUUCGGACCUCAGUUAGGUGUGACUGGUACGUCCAGAAGGACGGUUAGGUGCACGGUAGCUAAGGUGGAGGAAGCCUGUCAAUUUCGCUGCGUCUAACCGUCUGAUCGUUACAAGCGACUGUCUCUGGCAACCCCAGAGAUACGUACUUUGUACUCAAACGAUGGCUACAUUCAAAAAUCAAGCCAACCAUUUGCAAGUCCAAGAACGCUGAGACUGCACUGUGCUACGCUCCGGCGCCGACCUCGGCCUCAACAAUGGCCCUGACCAUGGUCUUGUGGGGUCUCGGUCACGGCUCAGACCAGGUAUUGUCGAAAGGCGCAACCUGCGGUAAGAGGCAGAGUGCUAAUCAUCUCAAGGGCUAUGUUAGCAGCUGGAGUUCCCGUUUGACCAUCUCCAGACGCUUUGCCACACACGUGCACAAAGCAAUAGAUGUCAACUUGUGAAUCCUUUAGGAAAUGACGCGUCCCUACAGGCGUUGCCGCAGUGACUGAUUCUCUGGGGAAACGAUCCAACUGGCUGAUAAUGCGAGUGCUACUCACCUUCGGGGUGAUUCGGACUUCCAGAAACUGCCUUCUGAGACCAUCCAUUCUCAUGACAGAACCACAAAUAAUUUGGAGAUAACUGUUCGAGAUGUUGAACUCGACCCAGCCGACAGAGCUAACCAUACGGUAAAGAUUAGUCAGUCUUCUAGUCCGUCUACCCUAACGAUCCGAAACAAUCAAGGUGCGUGUACAGCAUCAAUUGCGAACACAAAGCUGGCGGAAAGUGCAAUCUGCCCAGCUUCAGACCUCGGUAGAUUCUGGUCCCUCGAGCGAAGUCCAGUUUAAGGACGCCCCAAUAUCCGAAGAUGACUGUUGGUGUCGUCCACCGUCUGUGAAAGGGAGUCUUGAUGAGGCAGUUGGGGAGGAAAAACGAAAAAACAUCAGGUGAAAACUGUCUUCGAGUGCCAAGGUACAAGUGUUAACCGAAACUAAUUGCUGGCUGACUACACGGCCUCCGGGACAAAUUUGGGAAGCACCCUACUCGGAGACCGCAGCGACGCUGUCGUCAACUCAAGGUAGCAGACCACGGUGUAAGAACUUAUACAGCAUCCCCCCGCCCCCCAGACACUGCUGCUGUGAACUUCGCAGUCGUCCUCGCUGAUGCCGUGGCACGCAAACACGGACGAACCAGUGCAACUUACAAUCGAAAAUUGCUUAAUCAUCAUCUCCUGUCUCGCCGAUCUCAUUCACAUCCUUACUGUCGAUUCUCGCCUCCUUGGUGGACCCUGCCCAGAACGUUCAACUCUGUCCAUCCGGCGUCCUUCAUGCCGCAAGGGUUUCCAGUACUCUCAGCGAGAAUGACGGCUCCACCGUCGCUUCUGACGAUGUCCGUCGUGUGCUCCACAGCAAGGUGAGAGCAGGCACGGUGGCUUGCGCGUGAGUUAGUUUACAGUGAAAGUGGACUUUCGAAGCAUCUAUUGCACACUCCUCCCCGCCUGGGCCUGGGGUCAAGACACAGUCGAGAAUACCGGAGGAGGGGGAGGGCGCAAGUGACUGGCACGGCCGGACACGCACCUUGGCGCUCCACUCCACACCCCCUGGUCCGCAACAUACACUUGACCAGGAUUUUUCACCAACAACAACACCCCAACAGGGUUCAGAAGGACGAGGAUGAUCACUGGGCAGCCAUGCCCGCUACCUGUUUGCCCGGCGGGAGCGCAAGCGCAUCUACCGGCAGGAAACCAGGUGUCAGGGAACUGCCAGCAUAUACCAGGCUGCGAGGGCCAUGGUUUGCUGAAUCAUGGCAUAACAAACGCAAGCAAGCCUUGAAGUCCUCUCAGCCCAGACACACGUUUGGCCAAAGUUGUGCUGCUGUAAGACGCUGCAGAGAAACCGUGUCUGCGACCUCAAUAAGUACCUUCGUUGGAAGUAUUUGGAACCAAUCAUUUGAGUCGAAAACAAUUGCGCCUGUAAAAUAACCGCGUAAUGCCCAUUCUACGUACAAGUUAGUGGUACAAGUAUCACAAUUCUUAUAUGACAGAUUUUACCUUACUACCAACUAGAAGCCAAGGCACACGUUUCUUCUGAUGCGGAACGCAAUUGCCAAGGGGUUCGGAUCUCCCCAGCGCUCCCCUCGUGCAUUUUGGAAUAUACACUAGCUUUUACUUUUAAGCUUUGUAAUUUCCUUGAAAAUUAAUAGAUUACAGUGCGUGACCGAUCUCAUGAAAUGUUGGUCAAAAUUCUGGAAUGCGUUUCCGAUUAAAAACACGUUUCAGGAUCUCGGCCAGCAUUUCAAGAGAUAGCACAUCAAUCGUAGAUAGUGAAUUAUUUGUCAUUCUUCCGGCACGCGGGUACUAGUCAGAAGCCCAUACACGCGUUUCACCGAUUUUCUGCCGCUGCAUGGUGUUACUACGAGGGGCUCGGCUCAUCAAUGGGAUCUCAGCUUUUUAGGCUCUUCAGAAAUUAGUGUAUAUGAACGUGGAGUAAUUUCCCUCCACACAAGCCUUCUCAGGUUCGCUCCACAGUUCUGAAUGUUUAUGCGUAAGGAUUUACUCCAAGCUACAGUGCGUGACCGAUCUCAUGAAAUGUUGGCCAAAAUUCUGGAAUGCGUUUCCGAUUAGGAGGGAUUACUUAAGUGGGGAUGUUAUACUGAUUAUCAUGCAGCACAACCCUAUAACAUUUCGGGCUUGCCAGGAUGCGGGCUUUUGAAUGCACUUCUUUUUGACUUCUUUUUUGCACUUCUUUUUUUCUUCUUAUAAAUUCAAAUAUCUUUUACAGAACACAUGCACAAAAAUAUGCUUCCUUCGGACAUAAAAUAUAAAGACAAUGUGAUUUCCUACCAAAUGAGCAACAGAAAGCAUAUUUUUGUGCAUGUUUUUUUAUAAAAUAUAUUCGAAUUUAUAAGGCCAUCGAAAAUCAAUAGGGAGAGUGCAUGCUACUUAAGUAGUCAUUUUUUACCGAGUGUGGUUUCUGCAGAAGGUUAAAAAGAGGUCCGAAGGAAGCAUAUUUUUGUGCAUGUGUUCUGUAAAAGAUAUUUGAAUUUAUAAGAAGAAAAAAAGAAGUGCAAAAAAGAAGUCAAAAAGAAGUGCAUUCAAAAGCCCGCAUCCUGGCAAGCCCGAAAUGUUAUAGGGUUGUGCUGCAUGAUAGUCAGUAUAACAACCCCACUUAAGUAAUCCUUCCUAGUCGGAAACGCAUUCCAGAACUGUGACCAACAUUUCAUGAGAUCGAUCACGCACUGUAGCUUGGAGUUAAUCCUUACGCAUAAACAUUCACAACUGUGGAGCGAACCUGAGAAGGCUUGUGUGGAGGGAAAUUACUCCACGUUCAUAUACAGUAAUUUCUGAAGAGCCUAAAAAGCUAAGAUCCAAUUGAUGAGCCGAGCCCCUCGUAGUUACACCAUGCAGCGGCAGAAAAUCGGUGAAACGCGUGUAUGGGCUUCUGACUAGUACCCGCGUGCCGGAAGAAUGACAAAUAAUUCACUAUCUACGAUUGAUGUGCUAUCUCUUGAAAUGCUGGCCGAAAUCCUGAAACGUGUUCUUAAUCCGAAAGGGCUACCUAAGUAAGGUUCUUAUGUUAGUUAUUGUGUUGCAUAAUACCAAGAUAUUUCAGUUGUGUCGGGGUGCCGGCUUUCGAACGAUCUCCUUAUCGACUGCCUAUCUAAGCGGCCUUAAAAUGACUACUUAAGUAGUAUGAUUUUUUCAUUGAUUUUCAACUCCCCUAUAAGUUAGAAUAUAUUUUAUAGGAAACAUGCACAAAGUAUGCUCUCUCCUACACAUUUGGUAGCAAACUACAUCUUCAAAUGUCAUAGUUGAAGGAAGAGUAUCUUUCGGUUUUAAAAGAACUUUCUUAACUCCCGAACAAUUUCGACCUCUACCUGACGUUUCAAAACUACAAGCUGCACACUUUUCGCGUAAAGAAAAUCAUACACUUCUAUAUGCUGCUAUCAAGAGAACAUAUAGGGUUCAUACAAGUUCGUAAUGGAUAUGACUCAUAUUGUCCACUUUAUAAGCAGCAUUAAUAAAUCGGUUCUUGCGAUGCCGUACGGUUGGACAUCCAACGGUCUUAAAAAAUCUCAUAAUUACAUACUUUUUUAAAACUGAGACGCCCUUUCUUCAAGUACGAAAAGAAGACGUCAUCAACUGCCAAAUGAGUAAAAGGAAUGUAGAUGAGAUGGAGCCGACAAAGACAAGGGAGACCGGAAUGGCCAUUUCUGGCUUAUUAGCCGUCAUCAGCCAGCCAUACCCAACCCCAAGUGUGGAUCACUUGAGAGCGUCAAACUCCAUGACCAAAGAUGCCGGGUUCGAAUCUCAAGUGAUCCACACUUGGGGUUGGGUAUGACUGGCUGAUGACGGCUAAUAAGCCAGAAAUGGCCAUUCCGGUCUCCCUUGUUCAUGUUGGCACCAUCUCAUCUACGCCUACUGCUGGUCGCUCUGCAACCGCCUGCGAGGGUACUGGUAUGAGCCCCAAGGCACAACGGAACGAGCAUGUUCCGUAACCUGAUCGGCGAGCGCCCACUGUCAUAAAAGGAAUGUGUUGUGCAAGCUGUCUGCAAAAUAUAUUUGAAUUUAUAAUUGCAUCAAACACAUACUACUUAAGUAAUCAUUGUUACACUAUGUAGUCUUCGCAUGCGGUCGAUAAGAAGCUUGGUCGAAAACCGGCAUGCCGAAGUGACUAGAAUAUCUUGGUAUUAUGCGCUACAAUAAUUAAUAUGACAAGACUACUUCGGCGAUUUUUCGAAUUGAAAACACUUCGAAACUUCUGUCAAAAUUUCAUGAAAUAGAAUAUCUACUUUAUACAUUGUCUGAUGUCUGUUGGCAGAAUGUGAAUUCUACGCGAUUAUUCCCCAGGGUUUCGGUCCAAGCAUACAUGGAAGCUUUCGAGUCAAACCUAAGAAGGUUUAUGUCAGAGAAUUUACUCUAAUUUUGAAAACUAAUUUCCGGGAGAAUUAAAGAACCUAGCAUGCUAUUGACCCUGUUUCGACUGCACGGAACGAAGAUCUGCACGAAUGGCAAGGAGAGUGACUUCACCAAUAUCUCCUACAUACUACUUAAGUAAUAAAGGUUCUUCAGCGCGUGGCGACAGACCGCCCGGGUCCGUGACCUCGACUAAUGACGCUGCGGUACCGGGGAGCCUCUCCUUUGCUGUGUCCAAAAUGGGUGCCAAGGCAGCCGAAGCUACCCCGAAGGACAAUUCAGCGAUGACGAUUGCUGCGGCCAAUCUCGGCCAAGAGCCUCUACUCAGUCACGCCAGACACACCGAAGUUCAAGGGUUUUUAGAUAACUAUUACAGAGGGUGGGCUAACUCAUGAAAUCUCAACAGAAAUUCCGAAAUACGUUUUCGUUUCGAAAAGAUUAAGUAAGUAGGGUUUUAAGACCAAUCAUUAUGCGGCAUAAUUCUAUAAUAAUCCAGUUACCUCAGGGUGCCGGCUUUCGAACGAACUUCCUUCCGGCUACAUACAAAGACUACUCUAUAAAAAAUGACUACUUAAGUAGCAUUCACUUUUCUUGCUUAUUUUCGAUGCUUCUAAAUGUCCAAUUAUAUUUCAUGGAAAAAAUGCAUAAAAAUAUUCAUUAUUCCGCCGAUUCGGUAGAAAAUUAAGUCUUCUUGCAAUUUUAUACUCGAAGGAAGGGUAUAAUUCGGUUUUAAAAAGUCUCCAAUUGUGAGAUUUUUUAAUAGCGUGAGAUGGCUGUUCAUGGAACGUCAUGUAUCUGCAUUUACGAAUGUGGCUUGUAAAGUUAACAAUCUUGCUCAAAUCCACUGCUUAAUUUUAUGAAGUCUAUAUGGUCUCCUCUUAAUACGGUGGAGAAAUUUAUUGUUUUCUGUUCACGGAAAUUACACGGCUUGUAGUUCGGGAACCCAGAAUGCAAGUGUAAAAAUAAUCAUUGUCUAGCAUAAUUCCAUAAUGAUCCAGUUACCUCAGGACGCCGGCUUUCGAACAAACGUCUUUCGAGCUGCAUCCAGAAACUACACUCUGUAAAAAGGGUUCAAAAUUAUUCGCGAAUUGGAAGAGAUUUAUAUAACCAAAUUACACCCUUCCUUGGGGUAUAAAAUUGAAAGAAGACGUAAUUUUCUACUAAAUGAGCAAAAGAGUGGAUAUUUUUGUGCAUGUUUUCCAUGGAAUAUAAUUGAAUUUUUAAGAGCAUUGAAAAUCAAUGAGAAAAAUGCAUGCUACUUAAGCAGUCAUUUUUACAGAGUGUAGUUUCUGGAUGCAGCUGGAAAGACGUUUGUUCGAAAGCCGGCGUCCUGAGGUAACUGGAUCAUUAUGGAAUUAUGCUAGACAAUGAUUAUUUUUACAGCCAUACUCAUUUACUCUUUUCCGAACGAAAACGCACUUCGGAAUUACUGUUGAGAUUUCAUGAGUUAGCCCACUUACUAUACCUUCUGGGGACUUUCUGUGAAUGGAGAAAGCGGAGAUUAAAUUGACCAUCACAUCAGCCCGGCAGGGGGAAGGACCCUUCCUACAACUCUGCCGAUCCCCUCAGAAGACCGAAUUACAAGUACACGAGACUCCCACCAGGACGACUGCUCUCUACGCAAGCCCAGAAGACGUCAGUGUUCAUAAUGCGAAUUCGCCUCAUCGACCACGUCUCCAACGAAAGUUCCCCCACGGCCGAUCAGGACCGCGAUGGGGUCAACGGUGCCCUCAUUACUCGCCAGCUAACCUGCCUAGACCAUGCUGUGUGUCGACCCGAAGACGAAGCCAUUCGGGAUAUCACAUGGUCCAACCCUGUCCCGACUGGAGACAGUGUCGAGGCAACCAGCUAA